CUAAUUGUGGACUUAUCAGUCGCUUAUAAAGGUGGGAGUUUUGGUUGCUGGUUCAGUAGGCAGUGGCAUACCAAAAGAAAAACAAUGUUCAAACUUUGGUCUUUCGCGCUCCUGGUGGCUGUAGCUCUAGCUGAGAAUCCCUGCAGUUUUCGCGCUACUGACUCCGGGGGAGUUUGCGUCUGCAACUCCUCUUAUUGUGACUCCGUCCCUUCUUUGGCCAGUUUGGCGUCUGGCCAGUAUCAGCUUUACGAAACCAGCAAAACCAAUCUGGGAUUCACGUCUACAACUGGGAGUUUUGCGAACUCCACCAGUGAGGCGGAUGCCACUGUGACCAUCAGCAAUCUGACCGAAACUUACCAAACAAUUCUGGGCUUUGGCGGCGCCUUUACUGAUGCCACCGGCAUUAAUUUGAAUAUCCUGACUAAUGCCAGCCGGGAGUUUUUAAUCCAAAGUUACUUUGGAGAUGAUGGGAUUCAGUACAGUUUGGGUCGGGUGCCGAUUGGAGGAACCGACUUCUCAACAAGAGGCUACACUUAUUGUGAUGUGGAGGAUGACAGCCUGGAUUCGUUCGCCUUAACUGAUGAAGACUACGAGGACAAGAUUCCCUACAUUUUGCGAGCCAUCGAGCUGAGGGGCAGCGCCAUCAAACUGUUCGCCUCUGCUUGGUCGGCGCCCAUUUGGAUGAAGACCAAUGAGGC